AUGCCUCGAGCAGUGGGUAGAGAAAGGCCAACAGCAUGCGCGCGAUGUCGCAAACAGAAAUUGAAAUGUGACAAGGAAAAGCCAUGCACCCUCUGCUACCACGCCGGCGUUCCGUGCGUGCCGCGAGAGGACAUUCGCGCAUCGAAACACAAAUCCAAGGCUGCUGGCGCAUCGUCUACGACUGACGGCGGAGUCGGCUCAUGGUCCGGUCGGAAGGAUAACCAUUCUCAGCUUCAUCAUGCGGCUUUGUCGACAGACUCGGCAGCACAAUCGACGGGCCGACAUCCCCAGAAGCCGGGUAGCGCGAAUCGACUGGCAGCGUCUAGUUCAGCGAUGCGAUUUGCUCGCAAGGUCCUGCAUGUCAACGACCCCGACGACAACAAUGACCGAAAGCUCGGCGAUGAUAUUCUACAUGUUCUCGUUGGCGAUCCAUGCCUCUCAGAAGCCGUACCAUGGGGAUUGAAAUUCAUGUCACGACCAAACCUCACGGUGGUCGACAUCUUACUCGAUGUUUACAUCGCCCGCGCUCACUGGUUCAUGCUUUUCAUCCAUGCACCGACCAUCAAAGACCGAGCGAGGAUUCUCUGGCGACGGCCAACAUGGCAGAGGACUGAAGCGGGAGAAAUCCUCGUCAUCCUCUCGAUCGUGGUCAUGGCGGCUGUAUUGGCAUCAGAAGACUCAUCCUGGUCGGGACAUUCUACCAUGGACAAGCAUGGGAUCAACCUAUCGACUUUCCGAGACGAGAUUUCUCGUGAGAUCAACGAGAAUCUGUUGGACGUGAUGGGUGAUUGCAGCGUCGAAAGCGUCCAGAUCUGCCUCAUUCUCGCACGCUAUCGUGCUUACACAGGGGAGACCAACAUUGGGUGGACACUUGUUGGAAUGGCAGCAAGAAACGCGUAUGCAGCUGGGUUUCAUCUCCAGCCUUCGAACAACGACAAUCUAGUCCAAAAUGAGAUCCGUCGGCGUGUCUGGUUGGCUGUGAAAACAGUCGAUACAUUCUCGGCCAUGUUCAAUGGGAGACCACCAUCCCUCGACAGCAACUUCGUGCACCGUCGCGAACCUUACCACAUUGACGACCUUGCCAUACAUCCACACCUGGUUAACCAUCCUAUCCUCCAAUGGAACGGCCGUGCAACUAAUUUCUUGACGUUCCAUGACUUGAAAUAUGAAGUCUACGAGAUCAUGAGCAAGACGCUGUCGGCUUUCCGCCAAAUCCGCGAAGACAUGCAGUCAGAUGACAAUCAACGACUGCUGUACACGACCGUCCGGGAGACCAACGAGGCACUCAUGAAGUGGCGUGCACGGGUGCCUCCCUUCUUCGACCAAUCUACCUGGGACGAUAACGAUCCUCUUGACUGCAUGGGGGGACAAGAUAAACCCUGGGCGGCCGACGCGCGAACACUGACGCUACAAAGUCUGACCAUGCAGGUCAUGUUCGACAGCCUCAUCAUCCUUCUCCACCGACCCAUCAUCGAACUCAGCCUACAACAAGCCUCCCGAUCAAGUCUCCGCCUCACCAGCGAAGACAUCUCCUGGUCGAUCCAAGCCGCCGUGGACGCCGCGCUCCGCACCUCGCGAAUCUCCAUGCACACCAUGGAAUGCGAAUCCAGCCUCUCCUACAUCCUCAUGAACUCCCUCACCAUCUCCGUCAUUUUAUGUAUCCCGCCCAUCCAGGAGCCGAUGACGGCCCGCGCCCAGCAAGCCAAGGAAGGCCUCUACCGGAUCGCCUCCGAGUGCAAGCAGUUAAGCGGGAAAGUGCCCUUGGCCGCACAGAUCCACACUCUCCUGUCGUCGCUGAUCUCGACCGUCGUGCAGAGGGAGUCUGCAUCGGUGCUGGCGCAGCAGCAACUGCAGCAACAACAGGGCGCCAGCCGCACCGCUACCACCACCACUUCAAACUCGCCGCAGGAAGCUUGGCAGAAUGCCACCAUGUCGCCGCCGCCACUCGGCUCGGUGACGCGACCGGCGGGCGCGCCCGGCUUGAGUGUGAGGAUGAACAACAAUUGGUAUAACGCCACGGCAGGCCCGUCGACGGGUUUGCUGAAUGAGAUCAUCUCGCCGAUCACGGCGAUGUCGCCAGCGAGGUCGAGUGCGAAUGAUCAAACGUGGACCACACUCGAUCUGCUCGGUCUGACACAAUCGGAAGGAGCGGGUCAGUUUGGUGGGCCCUGA